AUGGACCUCUUCCAAGAUGUCACCACGCCCGUUGAUCUACACAGCUACAGCUUGAGCUCGAACCUGAACCUGAACCCGAACCUGAACCCGAACCUGAACCCGAACCUGAACCUGACUCUCGAUAAUGGCAUUACUGGCGAAGCCGUCAUGUCGCCAGCAGACAGCAGCAGCAACAGCAAGUCGAAGCUCCAGCUUCCGGUGACCUGUGAUCCUCCUGGUCCGGGGAAUCCAGCAAAGCAGAUGGUGUGGGUUGUGAGUACAUAUAUGAAUUCCCAUUCUCUUUACCUUACCUCAGCAUGA